AUGGCGGCGGCGGCGGCGCGGCGGGACACUUGUGGCGGCCGGCGCGCACCAUCGUCAGCUGCCGCUGCGCCGCCGCUGCCGCCGCCGCGCGCUCCUGCGGAGAUUUACUGCCCGGGGCAGCGCACCGAGACGCCGGCGCCGUACAUUUCUGCGGCGGCGGCGGCGCCGCGAUGGGGAGUCACGAGAGAGCUGCAAACUCUGGCGGCAGCAGCCAGCAGCAGCCAGCAGCAGCCGAGAGCAAGUUGUCGGCAGGGGCCGCCGCCGCCGCCGCCGCCGCCGCCGCCGCCGCCGCUGCAGACGUCGGCUCGCUUCAUCCAGGCGCUCCGCGGGGAGCGCUUCGGCGCAGCCACCGCGCGCCGCGCCAACUAUCCGCAACUUGCGCUGAGAAAUAGUCCACUCCGGCCCCUCCCACGAGGAGAGUUUCCACUCCGAAGAGAGCCGCUGUACAGUAUGUUUGCGAGCAAACAGAAAGGCGGCCACCAGGUAGCCGCCAACUGUUCUCCAGCUUGGAGACCGACUUACAAGAACGAAUAUGGUGGAACAGGGUGCAAAGAUCAAAGGAUGAGAACAAAAGUGACGGACCAGGAGUCAGACUGUGCUAUGAUAAUAAACCUGGCGGAGCAGGAGGCGGGGCGGCCAGAAGAAGCGCCUGCGACGGUGGCUGCCGGGGGCCGCGGCCGCCAUAAAGGGAGCAGCUGCGAGCGCGCGGCCGUUACCGGCGCCCCUUCUCAGCCCCCACCCCCACCCCCAUGCCGCACUCACGGCUAUCUCUCGCUGCGUUAUUAA